AUGACAUCCAGAAUCCAAGAGCUAAGUUUCUUAGGUCAAAUGACUUGUGUACCAGUAUUUGGCGUACGCACGCGGUCACGUGAUAUUGGUUGGACAAGGGGAUUUGUCCGUCCUUGUUCGUUGUUGCGAGCUUCUCAGUGCGGAACAAGGUUCUUUGUACAUCCCCUCCCUCCAGAGCCUCAGAAACAUGGUCCGCAUAUGUCGUUGCUACGGUGA